AUGUCUUAGCUAUCUAAAACAGUGAGUCCAAUAACAAAUACAUAAACAAAUUUUUAUUCAAACUCAUUAUAAUAAUCUUCAUAUAAUUCAUUGUAUAUUACAAUAUUUAAUAAUUUAGAACCUAAAGUAGAUAAAAAGAGAGAAUCUUUUAAUAAAAAAAAAUUCCAAUUAGUAUUCAAAAAAACUCUUUAUUUGAUUUAAAGUCAUAAAAAUUAUCUAAUUCCAAUAUGUAUUCAGAUAUUAGAAUAUCAGAAUUUGAUUAACCAAUACAAUUUUAAGCAGAUUAAUUAAUAAAAAGACCAAUUACAUAAGAAUUGAAACCAAAAAUAUAAGAAUAAAAAAUUGUAGAUUAUAGUCCAAUUUUAGAAGAAAAGAAUGAUAGAUUCAUUAAAAUAGGAGUUAUCCUUAUAAUAAUAUUAUUGUUAAUAAUAGGGAUUCUCAAAUUCAAGUGA